AUGUCUACCACCAUGCAACCACCGCCCCUAUCAUCCAUCCUCUCAACCCACGACUUCGAAAAAGCAGCCUCCAAAUCCCUCACACCCAAAACAUGGGCGUUCUACUCCUCAGCCGCGACAGAUACAUUCACCCACGAGUCGAAUAGAACUAUGUACGAUCGGAUACUCCUCCGUCCGCGAAUCCUCCGUAAUGUUACUUCCGUGUCAACGAAGACAAAUAUCCUGGGCUGUCGCAUGGAUCUACCGUUAUUCAUGAGUCCCGCGGCAAUGGCGACGCUAGUUCAUCCGGACGGUGAACUUGCGCUCGCAAGGGGAUGUGCGAGGUAUGGUGUUGGGAUGUGUGUCUCCACAAACGCAGCCUACCACCUCUCCGAAAUAACAUCCGCCGCAGCCAAGCAAAACAAGAAGGACCAUCCAUUCUUCUUUCAACUCUACGUCAACAAAGACAGAGAAGUAUCCCGACGUCUCCUCCGCACCGCAGAAGAAAAUGGAGCCAAAGCGGUAUUCGUGACUGUUGAUGCGCCUGUGGCUGGGAAACGGGAAGCGGAUGAACGUGUUCCGCUUGAUCCCCACGAUAUCCGAUUUAGAACGCCGUUGCCGAUGAGCGGGGCGUGUAUCGGUGGGAAUGAUGAGAAAGGAGGAGGUUUGGGACGUUCGAUGGGACAGUAUAUUGAUGCGGGUUUCACGUGGGAGGAUUUGGCGUGGUUGAAGGAGAAUACCUUUCUGCCUAUUGUGUUGAAGGGAGUGCAGACGGCGGAGGAUGCGAUCUUGGCGAUGGAGUAUGGCGUGGAUGGGAUUGUGGUUAGUAAUCAUGGUGGGAGGAGUUUGGAUACGUCUACUUCAUCCAUUGCUGUGUUGAUGGAGAUCCGGCGGUGCUGUCCGCAGGUGUUUGAUCGGUUGGAGGUAUUUGUCGAUGGGGGCAUUCGACGAGGAACGGAUAUCAUCAAGGCGAUAUGUCUGGGUGCGAAGGCUGUGGGUAUGGGGAGGCAUUUUCUAUACAGUUUGUGUUAUGGGCAGGAGGGAGUGGAGAGGUUGAUUGAGAUUAUGAGAGAUGAAUUAGAGACGACCAUGAAACUAUUGGGAAUUACGGAGCUAUCCCAGGCGCAUCUAGGCCUGUUGAAUACAUUGGACGUGGAUCAUUUGAUUCCAAAGCAAUCUGCGUCAUUGUAUAGCGAGCCAGCCAGGGCACGCUUGUAA